CGGAGAUACUGAAAAUGCAAUUUACCGGAUUGAUCAAUGAUAGCGGUGAAACUACAGAAAAUUUUCCUUCGUUGAUCAAACGGCACGAUUAUUUACUGCAACUGAGUAAAAUGUUAAACGACGUGAUCAGUUUCGUCUUGGUCAUACAACUGUUAGCCAGUUGUGUACUGAUUUCUACGUGCGGCUUUCAAUUUAUUCUCGCUUUGAAUACCAGAAAUGUCAUGAUAGUGGUAAAAUCCAUAUUCAUACUACUCACUAUUUUGAUACAGUUGUAUUCGUAUAGUUACGUGGGUAAUUACUUGAAGUCGCAAAUGGAUAGUAUCGGAUAUUCUUUGUAUAGCUGCGGUUGGUACAGCCUUCCAACGAAUGUUGCCAAGAAUAUUGUUCUGGUCACAUUGAAAGCCCAAGUUCCGGUUCACUUAACUGCUGGGAAGUUCUUUGUAGUCAAUUUGGAGACUUUCAUGAGUAUUUUAAAAACAUCGAUGUCGUAUCUUUCGAUUCUCCGCGUAAUGAUAAAUACUUGACUGCUCUGUAUAAAUUUUUGCUCUUUCGGUUUGGAAAUAUUGCUAUUCGAGAAAAUACUUUAUAGGUGAUAUAAGCAAUUUACAGAUUUAUUUCAGCAUAAUAAAGAAAGUAUCGAACGUUUGUAUUUAUAUUUAAGCCCUUCAUACU